UGGGCAUUGACAUGUACGUAGAUUAAGAUUUAUGCCAACUAUUUGACAUGUGUAGUAAUGUAAUGGAAGAAUUGUUAUUUAAUCUUAUUACAUUUUGACGAACAAUUUGUAUGGCAAAAAUGUGACAUUAAUGAUAUGAUGGUGGCAGAAUUGUUAUCCACCUUCAAAUAGUGGCUCCGCUAGGUUGAACUGUCAUACAGAGAUCUUUUGCCAAGUCUCAACUGGAAAAUCUUGAAAGCAUGAGGAUAAAUUGCUAUUGCAAUUUAAGCGAGGUGUUGAAAAGGAUAAAGCUGAAACUUAAGGAGGAUGAGUUGAUUGAAUUUAGGAGAACUAUCUUUGGAUGGGUGUUGGAUGUAGAAGAGAUGAAAACAAUAAGUGGACAGCUACAACUGGGAUUUAUGUGCAACUAUGUUAAAAAGGUGAAUCACAUAAAAGAGGUAAAUGUCAUAAAGUUGCACAUUCAGAACAGCAUGGUUAGUUUCACAAAACAGGAUUUGUGCAUGGUCUUGGGUCUAAAAUUUGGAGGUGAGAAGUCAGUGAUAGAGGAAAAUGUCAGGGGGUCGUUGUAGAGGAAGUAUUUUGGAAACACAACCGGGGUGAGAAGAAGUGAUUGCCAAAAUGCCUUAUUGAAUUACAACAGUGAUGACCCAGGAGCAGAAAGAAAUGAUGGGGUUAAACUUGUGCUACUCCAUGUGCUGUCACACGGGCUUUUUGGCAAUCAAGUGGCAAGGGAAUUACCAGCACUUUAUGUGAAUUUAGUAGAUAAUCUGGAACAAUAUAAUGAGUAUCCAUGGGGAGAUGAUGUUUGGGGUGAUCUAGUGGAGAACAUGAGGACGAAUGCGAAGAGCUUAAAGAAAUGCAAAGGAGAUCGCGUUACACUGCCAGGAUGUUUGUUUGCCAUUCAAGGGUGGGUAUUAUGAGAGCUUCACAGGGCUAGCCAAAAAAGGAAUAUGCAGUGUCAUUCCAGGGCGAGAGACGCGAAUACCGAGGGCAGUGAAGUGGUCAUAUGUUAAGAGACCAUCUUUGGAACUCUUGAGCAAAAUAAUUUUCAACAAUGAACAAUUUGAGUGGGAAAAGAUGAAGGCUACAAAUAUGGAAAUUGAAGAGUUUCCAAAUUUACUAUCCUUGGAAGUGAUGGUGGAGAUAGGAUAGAGGGGGUUAAGGUGUUUGAGAAAAAAAGGAAAGAAUGUCAAGGGAAAUAAUUCAAUGACACCUAAGAAAAAAUCAACAAAGAAAGCCACUGUAGAACAUAUGGAAUCUGAGAAGGAGGAGGAAGAGGAGGAGCAGAAUGGUGGGAGGGUUGGUUUCGGUAGUGGUAGAAAGGCAGACGUGACGUUGAGGAAUAUUCGCAAACUGAGCAAGGAGAAUGCCAAGAUGUUGGCAGAAUUGAGGGAAGUCAGAAAAACACAUAAGAGGCAUGAGUCGUUGCUGAAACGGAUACUGACAAGUAUGAACAACAUGUAACACCCCGGCCCCGCAGUACCCGAGGUAGUUACUCCGGACCAAUAGUACUGUCCCCACAAACCACCACGAGCCUUUACCGCGCACUUUGUCCUCACUCAUGCGCGCCCUGAGAAACUUCCCAGGGGGUCACCCAUCCCAAGACUACUCUCGUGCAAGCACGCUUAACUUUGGAGUUCUUGGAUGAUGAGCUCCCUUAAAAGGAGAUGCAUCUCUGUUGGUAUGAGUAGUACUAUUAAUCCGUUUAUAUUAAAUCUCAAGUGUUACAAUCACCCCCACUUAGGAUCGCAACGUCCUCGUUGCGCCCUUGAACCAAUCUCAAAUCUCAAUCAAAUCCCAGAAUCUUCCCCCGCUAAGUGCCCGCCCGAUAUCCAACGGGUCAUCACACUGUCGCAGGGUUGCUCUGAUACCACCUGUAACACCUCGGCCCCACCGGACCCGAGGUAGUUACUCCGAACCAAUAGUACUGUCCCCACAAACCACCACGAGCCUUUACCGCGCACUUUGUCCUCACUCAUGCGCGCCCUGAGAAGCUUCCCAGGGGGUCACCCAUCCCAAGACUACUCCCGUGCAAGCACGCUUAACUUUGGAGUUCUUGGGUGAUGAGCUCCCUUAAAAGGAGAUGCACCUCUGUUGGUAUGAGUAGUACUAUUAAUCCGUUUAUAUUAAAUCUCAAGUGUUACAAUCUGUAACACCUCGGCCCCACCGGACCCGAGGUAGUUACUCCGAACCAAUAGUACUGUCCCCACAAACCACCACGAGCCUUUACCGCGCACUUUGUCCUCACUCAUGCGCGCCCUGAGAAACUUCCCAGGGGGUCACCCAUCCAAGACUACUCCCGAGCAAGCACGCUUAACUUUGGAGUUCUUAGGUAAUGAGCUCCCUUAAAAGGAGAUGCACCUCUGUUGGUAUGAGUAGUACUAUUAAUCCGUUUAUAUUAAAUCUCAAGUGUUACAAUCACCCCCACUUAGGAUCGCAACGUCCUCGUUGCGCCCCUGAACCAAUGUCAAAUCUCAAUCAAAUCCCAGAAAUCUUCCCCCGCUAAGUGCCCGCCCGAUAUCCAACGGGUCAUCACACUGUCACGGGGUUGCUCUGAUACCACCUGUAACACCCCGGCCCCGCAGUACCCGAGGUAGUUACUCCGGACCAAUAGUACUGUCCCCACAAACCACCACGAGCCUUUACCGCGCACUUUGUCCUCACUCAUGCGCGCCCUGAGAAACUUCCCAGGGGGUCACCCAUCCCAAGACUACUCUCGUGCAAGCACGCUUAACUUUGGAGUUCUUGGAUGAUGAGCUCCCUUAAAAGGAGAUGCAUCUCUGUUGGUAUGAGUAGUACUAUUAAUCCGUUUAUAUUAAAUCUCAAGUGUUACACAACAAGAAUAAGAAUGAGGUCAAAUUGAACGAGGGUGAUACAGAUAAAAACAAAGAAGGGGCAGGCAGAGAAGUAGACGCAGAGGUGAAUGAGACAGAUGAUAAUGCAAGUGCAGAUGAUGAUGAUGUAGUGAUAAGUAAUAUGCCCACAUAUAAUAUCUUUGGGCCAGAAACACAAAAGCAAUUACUGGAAGAAGUAAUACAGGAUGAAAGGGAAGAAAUUGCAUUACAGUGUAAUAAAGAUGCCGAAACUGUGGUUGGAGUGGAGCAAGGGCAUAUGGAUAUUGAUGGAGAAGUAAGGAAUGAACAGAAACAUGAUGGUGGCUCUGGUGUGAGAGGAGAAAUAAAUGAGAGUGAAAAGGAGGAUGAAGAAAUGGCAGAAAAGGGAUUAGGCGAGGAAAAGGAAGAUGGGGGGAAACAGAGUAAAUGCGAACAGGAAGGGAAGGAUGGUUUGGAAGAAAUUGAUGAAAGAAGGGGAGAGAAUGUGGAAGUGUGUUGGGAAGAUUUCAAUACUCAAUUUGUGACCGAAAUGAUCACUAGUGCAGAUAAAGUUGAAAAACUUGUACUAGGGGAACAAAGUGAAGUAGAUCAUAGUCCAGGCGGGGAGAGUGCUACAAAGGUGCAAUUACAGGAGCCCCGUCAAGGUAAUGGUGAUAAUGGGAACAAAGAGAAGACAAAGGUGCAAGCGAGGACACAAAGGGAAAAACGAUUGAGACCACAUGUGCACCAAUUGUAAGAACAAAGCGCCUUGCAAGAUCACCGGACCGAUAUACACCAGCAGAGGCGACUGCAGCGGCAAAGAAGAGAAGGAAGGAAAGGGCAAAAAGAACUGAAGUGGACAAUUUUUUACCUGCAAUAAAAAUAUGGCCCCUUUCCAGAAGACCCAACCAAAUGCCCACCUGAAGAACAAAUAAAGAAGGUGGCAGAUUUUCUUCGAGUUUGUUUGUUGAAGAAGCCAACAAAGCUAAGCGGUAACAGAAAGUACCUUAUGGGAGAGGACAACACGGGCCGUGUACCGUUUAUUCUUGAUGUGGCCAAAAUAGAGUCCAAAACAUGGCUAUACAAGUUGUUUACCAGUCCGGAAUGGUUGGAUGAUACGCAUGUAUAUGUUGGAAUGUACUAUUUGAAUGUUAAACAAGUGCAAUACCCGGUGAAGCACGCCUACAGCGUAAGUGGGCCAUAUUUAAUUUUAUGCAAAUGUUGAGGUGUGAGAAUGAGACGAUACAAAAAGGUGAGUUGACGGUGCAACAAGCAGCAAACAUUGCAGUAAUCGAAGAUGACAUUCAAGGCAGUGCUUCACCAUUCUCUCGGAUUUGGGCAGAAUCUGAGUUCGUGUACCUACCUGUUAACACUAAAAGCCACUGGGUUUUGCUUGUGUUGGAAGUCAAAAACAAGAAAAUAAGGGUUCACAAUCCUAAAAGUAGAAGGGCUGAAAGUUUACGCACAUGCAGUGGUUGCUUCCUAAAAUCAUGGACGUGCAGUGGUUGCUUCCUAAAAUCAUGGACGUGCACGGUGUGUAUGAGGAAAUAGGGGAUGAGCAUAUGGGUGAAAAGUUGUUGGAGUUAGAAGCCGUUGAUUGCCCACAACAGGAUGACGGGGGCAACUGUGGCAUGUUCUUGUUGAAGUUUGCUGAGUUCUUAAUGAUGGGAAAAGAUGUUCAAGAGGUUCGGUCAAAGAACAUGCCCAUGUAUAGGAGUACAAUGGCUACAGAGUUAGUGUUGUAUAACAAAAAGAGAAUGGAGGAACAACACAAGAAGGGACUGAUAGAGAGGAUGGCGAAGUGAAAGAUGGCAGAAUGAUAGUUGAAAAGCAGCAAAGUGGUUUUCAUGACUUGUAUGAAAUGUUAUUUUUUGAAGACAUUUUUUAUGUUGUGAUGCUACCGUUUUUUAUUUUAUUUUGUUCUUAAAAGAGCAUACACGUAUUUUGUUUUAUGACAGAAAUGACCUAGUGUUUGCAAUUAAAGUUUACGCAUGUUUGGAUAUUAAAUGAAAAAUGACUUGGUGAUGUGUGCCAAUCAAAGUGGAAAAGCGCACGUGUCUUUUUUUUU